AUGUCCGUCGCCAACGAGGUCAAUGUGCUCGUCGUCCCGCGCCUCGAGCGGCUCAUCCUGUGGAGUGAGUGCCCCGGUGCCCGUCUCGCUGAUGACUUCCGCACCAGGCUCAACAUUGGCUACGUCCAGGAGCUCAAGGUGCUCGGCUACCUGGACCUAAGGAUCCACGUGCUCGAGAUCUCCAACACUAUCAUCGAGGCUGGGACAAAACCGAGUCCACGUACCAUUGUUCCAAGUGUCCAUAUCCUGGCUUUGAAGGUCCGGUUUGGAGUUCGCAAGGAAGCUAGAAUGCUGCCAAGCUACCUCAGAUGCUUUCCCAAUGUGGUGACAUUACAUAUCAUGUCUGAUGAAGCUGAUGAGCCCACGGGCAAGCUCAACUUCAAGUUCUGGCAGGAAGCUGGCCCCAUCAGAUGCCUUCAAUCCCAAAUCAAGAGGGUGGUGUUCAAGAACUUCCGAGGGGACCGCAGCGAGCUCACAUUCCUUAGGUUCAUCUGGGAGAGAGCACAGCUGUUGCACAAGAUGGUGAUUGUUUUGGCCGAUGGAGAUGAUCCUGCUUCGUUGGAGCAGAUGGUAGCCAAACUGAAACCUCUGGCUUGCGCAAAACGGGCCAGCAAAGACCGCAAGUUGACCAUCUUGGUGCGUAAUGGAGGCUGCGUGUGGAGCUUCCACAGAGCAUCUGAUCUUUCCGUGAGCGACCCUUUUGAUUGCUGA